AUGAGUGGGCCUUCACCUGGCCUUAGUACAGGUGAGGGUCAAUCGUCAUCUCGCCCCCCUGUCAGAUCUGCACGCAAUUCAGUAGAGAUCGAUGAAGAAGGAGCGGACUUGAGUCUGGAUAGUACUCUGCUAGCAGAUGAUCCGUUGAGCGAAAUUGACAACACCGCGCCGCUCUCUUUCCGUAAGAAGUCCAAGCAACCUUCAGGCCUCCGCAUUCCCCAGUUCUUUUCGACUCCCUUGAAUACAACAUCAAAUGUUUCCUCUCGGAACGCUAGUCCUGGGCCUCGGCCAUCUGCCCCGUUACCGACUGCUCGAAGUCGCAGACUGCGUGACUUAGCUCAAAACAACGGCUCUGAUACAUCCCUGGAUCGAACCAACGGACAGCCGGUGAAUGGAACAGCUUAUCAUGACACCAAAGAAGGGGCGCCAAUAGACUGGUAUACAGAAGGUCCAGGCAGAAGAGUUGGCUACGACGACCUGACCGCGAUCGACUGGAUAUUCGAGUACACCAAGGAGCGCCAGCGCCUACGCUAUCUAUCAUCACAAGCAACAAAUUUAUUUGGAUAUGCUCAGCAGAUCUUAGAUGCGAGCCAAAUAUGGAUAGUCCUCGUUGCUACUGGUAUUGCGGCUGGCAUUCUAGCAGCAGGUAUCAACGUGGCUAGUGAUUGGCUUGGCGAUUUAAAGACAGGGUAUUGUCAAAAAGGGGAGGGAGGCGGUAGCUUCUACUUGAACCGCGGCUUUUGUUGCUGGGGUCAUGAUGAAUGGGCACAAUGCCAAGGAUGGACUUCUUGGAGUCGAGCUCUCCAUAUCAGCUCUGCAGCCGGUGCCUUCAUCAUUGAAUACCUCUUCUUCUUCGUUUUCUCCGUCGUUUUUGCUGUGAGCGCCAGCUUCCUCGUACAACGAUUUGCGCCAUACGCAAAACAUAGCGGUAUACCGGAAAUCAAAACAGUCCUUGGAGGUUUCGUCAUGAGACGCUUCAUGGGUGCUUGGACUUUAGUCGUCAAGUCGCUCGGAUUAUGCCUCGCGGUGGCGUCAGGUCUCUGGCUUGGAAAAGAAGGGCCUCUGGUGCAUGUUGCUUGCUGUUGCGCCAAUCUCUUUUUAAAAUUGGCACCGAGUAUCAAUGAUAAUGAGGCACGAAAGCGCGAGGUCUUGUCUGCUGCCGCCGCCGCCGGUAUUUCUGUAGCUUUUGGAUCACCUAUCGGCGGCGUCCUAUUUAGUCUGGAACAACUGUCUUACUAUUUUCCCGACAAAACAAUGUGGCAAAGUUUUGUUUGCGCUAUGGUAGCUGCGGUUACGCUGCAAGCAUUCAAUCCUUUCAGGACCGGCAAGCUCGUCCUCUAUCAAGUCACCUAUACUACAGGAUGGCAUGGCUUCGAGAUUGGUCCGUACGCUCUACUCGGGAUCCUUGGAGGCAUAUAUGGAGGACUGUUUAUCAAGCUGAACCUGAAGAUCGCCAAAUGGCGGAGAAGCUCACGAUUCUCAGAUAAGCCCGUCCUGGAAGUGAUGGUAGCGUCAAUAGUCACUGCAAUCUUGAAUUUUCCAAAUAAAUUCAUGCGAGCGCAGUCAUCCGAGCUGGUGUACAUGCUGUUUGCUGAAUGCGCCGCAAUCACCGAUGAUCAAUUUGGUAUUUGCAAAAAGGGGGCUGCAACAGCUGGAGUCGUGCUACUCCUCUUCCAGGCAGCUCUGAUAGGCUUUCUGCUCGCCUCUUUUACCUUCGGUCUUCGCAUUCCUGCUGGUAUCAUUCUGCCAUCGAUGGCGAUUGGUGGCCUGUGUGGACGAGCCGUUGGCGUGAUCAUGGAGAUCUGGCAGCACGAUCAUCCUAGUGCGCUGAUAUUCAGCACAUGUGAGCCUGAUAUACCUUGCAUCACACCUGGUACGUACGCAAUUGUAGGUGCCGCCGCCGCUCUUGCCGGCGUAACAAGAAUGACUGUUUCAAUCGUCGUUAUCAUGUUUGAGCUAACGGGUGCUUUGACCUAUGUCCUACCUAUUAUGAUUGCAGUGAUGACUAGCAAAUGGGUUGGGGAUGCUUUUGGUACCAAGGGUAUCUACGAAACUUGGAUCCAUUUCAACGAGUAUCCUUUUCUUGACAAUCGGGACGAUCCAGUUCCUGAUGUUCCAGUCUCGCAAAUCAUGACGCAGAUCGACGAUAUAGCUGUGCUCCCAGCUAGCGGAGAUACAAUUCAAACUCUUCAAGACUGGCUUUCUACUCAGCCUUAUAGAGGAUUUCCAGUUGUUACGAGCAAUACAAACAAGACCUUGCUAGGAUACAUUUCACGUACAGAGCUCAUUUACUCCCUACAGAUCGCGACUGCUGAGCCACGAAAGAUGCCUCCCUCGACCGCGGUCUCUUUUGCCCAUCAACCUUCAAUAGACCCUCAGACAACCCUCGAUCUUCGGCCCUGGAUCGAUCAUACGCCUUUCACCCUUAGUAGCAGAAGCAGUCUGCAGCUGACGGUGACUAUGUUCUCGCGCCUCGGCCUGCGCUAUGUACUUUUCACCGAGAAAGGUAAGCUUCGCGGCCUGUUGACAAAAAAGGACAUAUGGUACGUUCUGGACAGUACUGAGAACGAUUUGGGGAUCGGUGCUGGAGUGCUUCGAGAGGAGCAGGGGGGAGAGUCAAGAGGCUUGCUCAACAGAGAUGGCAGCGACGUGGAUUCUCUUCGAAGCCCGGAAGACGAGCGAUGA